AUGCCGCUUCUUCGUCGUAUGAAACAUCUUGAAAAGUUAGCUUUGUAUCUUCGUUUACGUAAGCGAUAUCAAUUUGUCGUCGAUGGCAAACGUCUUUAUAAUGAAAUUCUUGUUAAUAUGCCACAACUUCAUACAUUUAGCUUCUAUAUGAGUAUAGAAAAUUACACUGAACAUUUAGAUCCUCAUCAAUCUAUUGAUGAUAUUCAACAAGCAUAUACCAAUAUAAAAUAUGGACAAACAACUUGUAUCAUAGAUUACUUCGGUUGGUUUAAGGCCACAUUUCAUAUAUACUCACUUCUAUUUACAUUUACUCGUCUGGAAAAUAUUACGAAUCAAUUUCCAACUAUCGGAUUUUGUACUGUAACAUACUUGUCUGCAUUUGAUGUGAUUCCAAUGGAACAUGAAUUCUUCAUGCGAAUAAGUCGAGAUUUCCCGAUGCUUAAGUGUUUCACUUUGAAGAAUAGACAUAAGCAGGAAAUACAUCAUGAUGAAUUGAAAUCUGAUAAGAAUGCAUCUUAUUCAAUUAUUGAAUAUUCUCAUCUUAUAUCACUUGAUCUAUUAAAUGUCCAUAUCGAUUAUGUUGUUCAAUUUCUAUUCGAAACAAAGACACAUAUACCUCGUUUAACUGAAAUAAAACUCAAUUAUAAUCAAUUGGAAACUGUAACAAUGAACUUUACAAGAGGUGUAACUCAACGUAAUUGUGCAAAAGUGAACCGAUUAAUUAUCAACGAUUCAAGAGAUUUUUCAAAAGACGUUUAUCAAUAUUUCCCUUCGUUGCAAAGUCAGUUUUAUGUAGAUGCCUUUGAUAAAAAUAAAAUAUAUAAAAAUCCUUCUAUUGUAAAAGAGUAAGAAAUACAAAUUGUUUAUAAUCGGAUAUUGUAUUAAGUAAAAGAUAUUUCGAUAAGAAAAUUAUUUUUAUUCUUCUAUUGGUUUCUAUUUUUAAGUGAAACUAUGUAGUUCAAUGAGAAUUUUAGAUGAGAAGAAUUUCAAAAGAAAACUAUUAAAACAGUUGUGAUAACUGUUGAAACUGAACACUGUAGAUCUGUAUUCAAUAUGCACGAUUAUCUAGAAGUGAAUAUUCUUUUGCUCUGCUCAUAUUAAUAAUAACUCAUUGAUAUAAAAAACAAAUAUUUACUGUUGAUAGUUUCCAUUUAAAUAAAUUAAAGAGAAAAAUACUAGUAUAUGACCACUCAGUGUGUUCGAUAUACAGUUAUUUUAUUGUUAAUAAUAUUGAUUUAUGAAUAGAGGUGUAAGGGUGUAGGUGUGGGUGUGGGUGUGUGGUGUGAGUCACAGAUCGAAAACGAACCGAACCCGAACCGAUGUUUUGAAAAGUGAGUCGAACCGAACCCAAACCAGACGAUCGCGGUUCGAUUCGGGUCUAUAGCAGUUCUGAGUUUUACAUAGUCAUUUUAUAUACUCAACGAAGUGCUCUCGUUUCUCCUAAACGAGUCACUAAUUGAAGGGUAAUCAAAAUAAGUGAAUGUCAACGGUUAAAAUACUAAGGUACACCUAGUUUUAAUUAACGGAUGACCCCUAAAGAAUGGGACACUUUUAUUUCAUUUGUUUUGAAGAAUGGCAACGCAUUCCAAAGGCUCUGCCCUAAGCUCAUUCAAUAGAGAAUUUUUCUCUCUACGAAACUAUCCAAUUUGUUUUUCAAACAAGUUUUUUUUGUCGAUGCAAAAUUACACAGAUUAACGCCUACUCAAUCGUCCCACUGUAAUUUCCUAUUUUCCGCGCGCAUUUAUCGGUUUGUGUAAGCUUGUGCUCAUCAAGUUCGACACUAAAAGUAAAGUAUAUAGUAACAACAGAGAGAGAGUUUUGUGCUCUAUCCUUGCACGGCCUUUUCGAGGCUGUUGGGUGGGGUGUGGGUGUGGGUGUGGAUGGGUGUGGGUGGGUGUGUGGGUGUGGGUAUGUGUGGGUGGGUGUGUGGCUGUGGGUGUGAGUGGGUGUGGGUGGGUGGGUGUGGGUGUGGGUGGGGGUGUGGGUGGGUGUGAGUGGGGGUGUGGGUGUGAGUGUGAAUGUGCGUGUGGGAUGUGAGUACACUGGUGACAGAAGAAAAGAUACACACCCACCCACACCCCACACUCACCCACACCCACACCCACACCCACAUCCCACAUCCCACACCCCACACCCCCACACCCACACACCCACACCCACACCCACACACCUACACCCACACCCACACCCACACCCACCCUUUUGAGAAAAAACAAUAAUGUCGUAUGAAUCAAUAAAGCAUUUUGACUGUAUCAUUUGUCUCUGUCUCCUGUCGUGCUCCUCCAUUUUCGAAACACCUCACACAAUCCUUCUGUGAAUUAAUCAAGUACAUUUAAUCUACGCUUUCAGUUUAAAAUUUAUCCGAAUAGUGCUGCGUUUCUCGAACGUAUGCAAUUGUCAAGAUGACUUUUUCUAAAAAGUUCCAAUACUCGUUCUAUGCUUCAGAAAUGAUGAACAUGUCUCACGAGAAAUUUUAUGAACAUAAUAAAAUGAAUUCUUUGCAGCAAUGCAUAAUGAAGCUCAUUUUUCCGAUGUGAUAAACACUUUCUAGCUUUUCGCGCUGAUUUCUGAUGACAGAUGCGGUUAAAAACUAGUUUUGCCUGACAAUAUUCACUAUUCGGAAGUUAUUAUUAACCUAGCUUGAUCAGAGUUAACGUAACCUGUAUCCUUGCGUAAUAUGGAAAAAAUUCAAUUUUAUAGAUUUGUGCUAGGUAAAAUUUUAUUUGCUCUGCCAGUCUGUAUGACGAUCAUGGUGAAGCAUGUGGGAUUCAAAGGUUGAUCUAUUGUAUCGUCGCUGAGCUUAAUUGGAUAAAAAUAAAAUGGGUGUGGAUAUAGUGGUGGUGCUAAAUAGCUGAGUAACUUCUUCUACCAUAUCCUUCUUGAAAUUAAACAUUUUAAUUAUUGGAUCUAGUGAAUGAGAUAAGCCUAUUAGGAAAAUUACAUCGAAAGAACCGUGUUAAGAUUUUAUUAUUCUUGUGAUCGACUCCUUGUUGUCGUACAUAUUUGAUCAUAUUAUGAAGUUUUUAUAGCCUGAUGGAUCUUCUGUGAAAUCUAAUCAAGUAAAAUCGAUUGAGACCAGUAAAGUAAUGAUAUGGGCUUGUAAUUUUAUUGAUGUCAUGCCCAUGCAUACAUUCUUAUUCCUAAAUAUCGUAAUUUUGUAAAUAAAAUAUAUGGGAGCGUUCAGUGAGGAAUACCCCAAUUUUGUUUUCUUUUUAAAACCUCAAUAGUACAUGAGAGUACAAUGUUUUUUUUUACCAGAUAUAGUUCAUAUGUAGAGCUAAAAGAUACCUACCUUUUUAGUCUUAUGUUGUGGUAGAAAUAAAGCGUCCCAGUUAUUUCUUUGACAUCAUAUAGUUCAAAAGAAUUUGUUUUGACUUUGUUUCUAUAAUUCAAUUCUUACAUAGAGAAUUUUCAUGAAUUCUCUAAAGUCUUGAAGACUUACAAUGUAGUUAUUCAAGACGCAUUGGUUUGGAGUUCAGCGUUACACUGCAAACUUUAUAAAACUUAUUUAAACCAGAUAUGAGAUCGAAAAAAGUAGCAGACCGAUCAAGAGUCAUUUGAAAAUCUAUCCAAGACCUUUCAAUGACUUUGAGAAGAUGAGAAAAAUGUCACGUGUUGUUCGUCCUUUGUCUGAUAUUAAAUUAAUUUUUAAGCUAAGUUCUUCCUAAUAAAAUUCUUUUACUAAUACUUCAUUUUAUUUCAGAUAUUCUAAGUCAGAAUUCAAUUAAAGGAUCAAAGUCAAAAAGAAAUAUCUUGAACUAUAUGAUAUCAAGGACAUACUUCAGAAGCGUCGCUUCUAUCACGACAUAGAAUUCAAAAGGUCGAUAUUUACUAGUUCUACAUAUGAACAACAUCUGAUAAAAAUAUCAUGGUGCUCCGAUAUAUUAGUGAGG